GCUCCUGUUCCCAUUGCUGGACAGCUGCCACAUCUGGCACCCAAUUUAGGACCCUGUGGGGAGGCCCAAGCACUGGGGGUGGCGGGGGUUCCUAGAGGGAAGUGGCAAGGCCAGGACACUGGAGCUGAGCCAGGCAUUGUCCUGGUACCAUGGAGCAAUGAACAAACAAGACAAAAAUGCCCCCAUCACCUUUGGAGCCCACAUCUCUUUGGAGCUGCCCUACAUUUCCUGAGUAGGAAACUGAGGCUCUGAGAGAUGAAGCUACUUGCCAAGGUCACGCAGCUCAGCCACAUCCCACUGAACAUCAUCCUGUCCCCUGGGGACUUAGCACGUAUCCUAGAAAUUAACCUGCUGGUUGAUCCUGUUUCUUGUCUGUCUCUUUCCAGUGGAAUGUCACCAUCGCCCAGGUCCUCCCAGCACCUCCUACAAACAGACCUCCGACCCAAGCCCUUCCUUCUGCCUCCACUGCCACCAUUGCUGCUCAUCUCUGCUGGCACAGAAGUCUCUUCCCUGGUCCUCCAGAAAUUCCCUCUCCAUACUCAGCGAGAGGGAGCUAUUAAAACUGUGGGCCAGCCCACAUCAGUCCCUGGCAAAGUCCUCUCUAAGGGAUCCCGUUGCUUGGAGAAUAAACCCUCGGAUUCCUUCCUUGGCUCUCGGGGCCUCCUCUCUGACCUCCCUCUGUCUCCUCUCCCAGCCUUCCUCCUCACUUACCCUCCAGCCACGCUGGCUUCCUCCUUGCUCCUGAAACAGCCUGAGGCCCACACUGCCCCGGGCGCUUUGCACUGGCGGUUCCUUCUACCUGGAACACUUCUCCCAGCCUUCCACAGGGCUCCCUCCCGCAAUUCCUUCGGGUGCCCACAUGGGAAGCCUUUCCUGACCGCCCCCCACUUCCUUCUGAGCACAGUAGGGUCUUUCUACCUAGUAUAUGAGGGCAGGGAUUUUUGUCUGCUGUGUCCUCUGUGUGCCCCAGUGCCAUCACAGUGUCUGGCAGAUGGUAAGUGCUCGACACACAUUGGCUGACUGCCUGAAUGAACAACUCUAUGAGCCGAUGGCAGAUAAGGACACUGAGGUCCUCUGGGGUAGGUGACCAGCCCAGGGCCACACAGCUGGUUUGAGAUUAGGCCAGGAGAGGAGCCCGGGUUGGUCACAUCCUGGAGCUGGCGUCUUGGAAACUGCAUCAGGAGAAUAACAAAGAUGAGACGCAGGCUCUAACAAAUGGAUACCAGUGACUCUCGCCCCGCCAGCCCCAGCCCUGCGGCCUUGGGCCCUUCCAGGAGUCAUGGUCCGCCUGCCUGGGGCAUUCCAGGCUUCAGCCCAGGUCCUGCGCUUUCUAUUUUGAGCCUCUUAGUCCUGAGGACUGUGUGUUCCCAGCAGGCGGCGCGGGCCAGAGGCUGAGCCUGGGUGUGGCUGUCACCCUAUCUGGGGCCAGGGACCCAGAUUCCCGGGCCCUUAACCUGUUGGCUGCUGAGGGCUCUGACAUAAGCCCUGUUCCCUGCUUGAUUGUCUCCCCUUCAAGCCCCUGCCCUGGUGUCUUCCAGGCAUGGUAUCAGCCCAUCUCCCCUUGGAUUAUAUCCCUAUUUGGCCCCAUUUGAAUCCUGGCUCUGCCCCUUUCCAGCAAUGCCAACACAGGCAAGUCACUUCAUCUCUCUGGGUCUCAGUUUCUUCAUCUGGGAAAUGGGAACAAUAAGAGUACCUGUCUCUGGCCAUGUGUGGUGACUCACGCCUGUCAUCCCAGCACUUUGGGAAGCUGAGGUGAGAGAAUUGCUUGAGACCAAGAGUUUGAGAUCAGCCUGGGCAACAUAGUGAGACCCUGGUCUCUACAAAUUUUAAAAGUUAGCUGGGCAUGGUGGUGUGCGCCUGUAGUCCCAGCUAUUCUGGAGGCUGAGGGGGGAGGAUUGCUUGAGCCCAGGAGUUUGAGGCUACAGUGAGUUAUGAUUACGCCCCCGCACAUUAGCCUGGGUGAUAGAAUGAGGCCCCAUCUCUAAAAAUAACAAUACUAAUAAUAAAUAAAAAUGAAAACAAGUACCUGU